AUGAAAGAAAAGGAAACGAAAUUUAAACAAACAAAAACAAAACCGAACGAGACUGAAGACAUAGUUAUUUCAACUCAAAAACAAAAUUUAUUUAAUAUCCAAAAAAUUGAAAGGAUGACAUCAAGUCAAGGAGAAAAAAUAAAUAUAAAUUGUCAUAACAAAGAACGAAAAGAACAACAAGAAAAAUGUUUGAAACAACUGGACUUUUCAAAUGAAAAGAAAAUGAUUGAAUUUGACACAAUUAUGGAACCAAAACGAAAAAUUCCAUUUGUAGAUUACAACACUUAUUGGUGUUGUUCGCGCGAAGUUAAUGAACAUAAAAAUCGUGUUUAUAAUUGGUUGGGAUCUUUCAUAUUUGAUGAUUUUAUCAAUUCAAAUAAAAUGAAGUUGAGUCAACUUGAUGUGGAGUGUUGGAACACUUUCGAUCUUUAUUUUAGAUCAAUUGAAAAGGUCGAUUUUUGUUGGGACAAGAAGAGUGUAUUAAUAAUACCAACAUUAAUUAGAAACAACCAUUGGGUCGCUUUUAUAUUUCUAAAACGUGAUUUAACUUGGAGUCUGUUUUACUUCGACACACUUCCUCAAAAUAAUAAAAACAACACAACAAUACCAACUGAUAUUGAUCCUCGAUAUUUUAAACUUUUCGGAGACUUAUUUGGCAACUAUUCAAUAGAAAAAACGACAGUGAUGAUUCAAACGAAUGGAUGGGAAUGUGGGUAUCGAAUUGUAUUUUUUAUUCAUAAAUUGUUGUUGGGAUGUUCAUUGUACGAUAGUGUUAAAUACAACAAAGAAGAGUUUAUGAAUUUCGUUGAAGAAUUUAAAAAAAUGUAUCCAAAUAAUGAUUUCAUGUUUGUUUCAUUGCAUCAACCGACUUUGUUUGUAUUUAUUUUACCAAUUACUAUAAGAAGGUGGGUUGGUUUCAAAACACAAAGUGACUUAGUAGUUCUUAUGUUAUUUUAUGUGUGUCUAGACUGUUUUCGAGUAAAUUAA